UGUAGAGACUGCGCACUAUAGAAACGGACUGCUGGUUUGUUUUUGCUGUGCUCGUUGAUCAGUUCAAGUCAAGAUUAGAUUCAAGGGGAGAUCACUUAAAUAGUGUAACAGUAUGCAGAGUCUGUCGGUGCAGGCCCUGGCCCUGCGGCAGCUGGGCAGACUGAACUCCCUGCAGCUGCUCACACCUUGCCACGGCUCUGGCCUCAGCGUGUGGUGCCCACGGAUGUUACACGCUCGUCAGCUGUGGGGUUCAGCCACUCCCCAAACACACCGGACAGCAAUGGGACCAAAAUCAUGGGAUGCUCGGCAGAGCUGGACUCUCCAUCAGAUCCGACUCAAGAGCACAAGAAAGAAAGGGAAACAAAAAGUAGUGCACCAGGAAGAGGACGAUGCAGAGGCUAGCGAUUAUGAGGACGAGUUUCCAGAUGACCCAGGCCUGCCAAAUAACUACAAAGACCACGAGAAAGCCAUCCAGUCUUUACGUUUUGAUCUGGUUUUGAAGUCUGGAUUGGACAUUGCAAGACAUAGUGUUGAGGAUUCUUUCUAUAGCCUCAAAUUGAGACUGAACGGUCAGAAACUGUCAAAGAAGGGCAAAAUGGUUAAGGUGGGGGAUACUCUGGAUCAGAUCCUCAGUGACGACAACGAAAGGGACACAAUCUUGCUGAAGAGGGUGAUCUUAAAAAAGGUGGUAUCAGAGACGCAAGAUGGCCAAAAGCUGAAAGUAAUUUUAAGAAGCUGGAAAAAUCUACAACUUCCCAGAAAGGAUGUUUAUAAAGACUGAAGACCAAGACGAGGUGCUUGAUGGGUGAAAGAUCAGAAAGUGGGACAAAAGUGGUUUUUCCUAAUCCACCCUCCAGUCGUUUGAUUCUGAAACUGCAGACAGAGAAUUUUAUGAGAUGGUUUCUCUGGCUUGCAAAAGCUUUUUUACAUCAUGUCACUUGACAGUAGUUCUUGUAAGUGGUCCAGACUACUUGAAGAGGUUUUGAACUUUACAUGUCACAAACACAUCCUAUUGUUUAGAGCUGGUUUUUGUUAUAUGAAUUUUCAAUUGUAUGUAGUAUUUACAGAAAACAAUUAUUAGAAUUUCAAAUGUUUGUCUUUAUGGCUUUGGUAGAUUUCUAUUAAGCAGGUUUCAGAGUGGAAUACGCAAAACACAAUUUUGAUCUGUCUUGAUAAACAAGAUACCCACUGACCCUCGGUGAGUAAAAUAAAAACAAACAUGAAAACGCA